CAGAAAGAAAUAUGCUAGCGCUAUACCAAGGAUACUCGGAGUGAGCUAGGGCUUGAGCAGGAGCUGGACAUUGGAAAGGCAUUGGAAUUGGUUGCAUUCUGCAAACUGCAUCAUCCCUUUCUUUGUUCUGCCACUGGCUAGGUUGUCACUCCUGUGCAGUACAUGACUCACGAGUCCAGGGAACAUGGCGCAGACCGGGGGAUCCCUUGCUGAGACUGUCCCCCAGCUAGCCACAAAGCUGACCUCCACCAACGUGCUCGAUAUCAGCACCGCGAUCGACUCUCUGGAGGCCAUACGGCUGCGCAUUCAGUCGGACCGCACAGCGUCCGUGCAGCUCUCUUGGACGCUCCAAGAGCUUUCCGCUUUCGGACGAGGGGCCGUCCUGAAAACGCUGUUAGAUAGGGUGCUGAUGUCAUCUGGGGGGCUGCAAAUGGAGAUGAUAUCGUCCCGCGCGCUUGUGAAGCUGGCCCAGUGCAAAGGGGUGGUGGAGUUUUGCUUGAAGGAGGAGCACUAUACCAAGGUCUUGGCGUCGUACCUCACAGCCCAGUUGCAAGCGUCCGAAAGCGACGUUGGAGCGAAAGCGCCCGCAAUGGCGCGCCUCAUCUGGAUGAACGGCCUCGAGGGGCUCGCAAACUUCGCGCGUUCCUCCGAAUCGUUCCGUCGUCAAUUACAACUCCCGGAACAGCAAGCCGUGGGCCUCAUGCCGAGCCUCGAGCGCUUACUCUCGGAAAACCAUCUGCGCGCGCUUAACGCCACGGCGGUCCAGCAGUGCCGCGAGUAUGCAGCUCGAUUCGUGGUGUCAAUGGCACUCAGCCACGAUAGCCGGCAGUGGGUACUAGAAAACGGAUACUUUAGAAUCGUCGCCGCGAUUCUCCGGUCGCAGAACCCGGGUUUCAUCCCCCCGGGCGUGCGCGACGGCGCUGUCGUGAUCUGCAACAUGGUCUUCUUCCGCCUGAUGGAGCUGCGCGAGUGCCUCGAAAUGAUGAAACGCGAUGACGUCAUCUCGUUGCUGAGGCCGCACCGCGCCAAGAUGAACGCGGCCAACGACGAGCUGUUCGAGAAUCUAGAGGCGGUCGUUUUGCGCGGCGAGCCGCCCCCGCCCGAGGCGCGGGCGACGCAACUAGAGUGGGAGGUUUUGGCGGCGGGCGCGACGGGACGGGAGCUCGUGCCGGUGGUGUGCUCGUGGGAGGCGUGUAAAGAGGGGCCGGAGACACCGAGGGGGCGGAGGUUUGGGCGGUGCGCGAGUUGCCAGCUGGCAUACUACUGCAGCAAGGACCAUCAACGACUACAUUGGCGGACCCACAAGAAGCAGUGCAAAACUGGAUCUGUAGAUAGUGGUUCGAAGUAGAACCCAACAUUAUAAGUAGGACCGAGUAGUGGCUCAACCGAAUCUCAUGUUUUUGCUGCGAGAUUCGAACAACGGCUGGCGGGUAUCGUACUCUCAAUAUGGCUUGAUCGAUUGGACACCGGCUUUCAAUGAAGCGCUAAGUAACUGGCCGUUGAUCUGAGCGAAGCUCAAAAGGGGCAACCGGUGCAUGCUGUUUUCAAAGCAGGCACGCAGACAUACGUUAACACGUGAAAUUACAACGAG